CAAAAAGUCCCCUAACUAGCUCAUUCCUCUUCACUCUGAUUCUUUCUUUCUCAAGUCAAGCCCCGAAUUUGGCGGAGUCGAAGCUCAAAAUGGUUUUACCGGUGAACCUUCUGCCGGACGAUGCCAAUCCAGAGUGGAUGAACAAGGCCGACAACGCCUGGCAACUAACUUCCGCCACUCUUGUGGGCCUCCAAAGCGUUCCGGGCCUCGUCAUCCUCUACGGCAGCAUAGUCAAGAAAAAAUGGGCCCUGAACUCCGCGUUCAUGGCCUUCUACGCCUUCGGCGCUGUUCUCUUCUGCUGGGUAGGCUGGGCCUAUCAUAUGUCGUUUGGCAAACAUCUCCUACCGUUCUUGGGCCAGCCUAACACGUCUUUGGCACAGAAAUUUCUGCUAAAGCCAGCAUUCCUUGGCAAAUUCCCAAACGCGACCAUGGUUUAUUUCCAGUUCGCUUUCGCGGCCAUAACGCUGAUUCUGAUAGCUGGAGCGUUACUGGGGAGGAUGAACUUCCGUGCAUGGAUGUUGUUCGUGCCGCUAUGGCUUACGACGUCGUAUACUGUUUGUGCUUAUAGUAUUUGGUCACCCAAAGGGUGGUUAUACAUGCUUGGGCUGAUCGAUUACGCUGGAGGAUAUGUCAUUCACUUAUCAUCCGGUGUGGCCGGGUUCACUGCAGCUUACUGGGUGGGAGCCAGGCAGAAAAAGGACAGAGAGAGGUUCCCGCCAAACAACAUCCUUCUGAUGCUGGCAGGUGCGGGAUUGCUUUGGAUGGGAUGGACAGGAUUCAACGGUGGAGGUCCAUACGCAGCGAGCAUGGAUGCAUCACUAGCCGUCCUUAACACCCACCUAUGUACGUCAACCAGUUUGCUGACGUGGCUGAUGCUUGAUAUUCUUUACUUUGGGAAGCCGUCUGUGAUCGGUGCCACACAGGGCAUGAUUACUGGCCUUGUCUGCAUCACCCCUGCUGCUGGAGUGGUACAAGGUUGGGCAGCUAUAAUAAUGGGGAUAAUGUCAGGAACCAUCCCAUGGUACACUAUGAUGCACCUCCACAAACAGAUUCGGCUCCUCAAGCAAGUCGACGACACAAUGGCCGUCUUCCACACCCACGCCAUCGCCGGAAGCCUAGGUGGCAUUCUCGCCGGCUUCUUCGCCGAUCCAGAACUCAGCCGCAUUUUCGUUUCAGUUGACGAUUGGCCGCGUAAUAUUGGUGUCGCUUACGGCUUAGCAACUGGGCGGACCACAGCGGGGUUUAGGCAAAUGGGUAUUCAACUACUGGGCAUUGGAUUCGUGAUUUUGGUCAACGUUUUUACGACCUCAACAAUUUGUCUGUUAAUAAGGUUUCUAAUCCCGCUUAGACUGGAAGACGACGAUCUGAGAGUUGGAGACGAUGCGAUACAUGGAGAAGAGGCUUAUGCUUUGUGGGGAAAUGGUGAAAGACUAGAGAAUUCUAGGCACAAUUCGGUCUACAACAUGGAAGAUUUACCUCCAGUGGUGCCCAAAGAUGGUGAUGCUGGAGGGGACCAAGUAGUUCAAAACUCAUAGAUGUUGUAAUUAAUUUCCAACUUUUAGCAAAGGAUUUUAUGAUCUGGGUCUCCACCCAGCAAUGCCUGUGUGCAUAAUAAUUUAUGGAACAGAACCAAUAAUUCUAGUGCAGCUUUCUUUGCUCUGUGUC